UCGCGGACGCCAUCUAUACCACUCAAGAACGGAAGCCUCGCGGCACAAAAUAUCACAGCGGAUAUUGGGGGAAAAGAAAAUUUGGGUGCCUCGCGGCUUUCGGCGUUCUGAUAUGUUUGUUUGGAUUCUGGGAAUACCCGAGUGCUAUAGUAUUUGGUCUCCUCUCCAUUGUUACUCCCGCUCGUCCCGUUGCACUAGAUUGCCUUUUGGGGAAAAUUUCCUUGACUUUGUACCCACAACCCCUGAGCUUGUACGUCAGCGACGCGGCCAAUUUGGAUUCCCGCAGUUUCGCUACUCGAUAAUUUUUCCUUCUUUCGUGUACUCUCUUGAAGUUGCCUGUACCUCUUUCCUAUCCCUUGCCUGCGUUCUUGUGGCCCCAGCCGCUUACUUCAUCCCUAGGCUACUUAUUCUUACACAAGAAGCAUACGAUACUCACCUGACUGCUUUGUGCAUCGCACGCCGCUCACACGACAUCUUUCAAUAGCGCCCGCCCAUAUACUUCCUAGGCAUCGCCGCCGAUGGCUUCGAACGCCUCAUCGUCUGCACAUAUACCGCCCGCAUCUCUAUCCCGUCGCACUGCUUCUUCUAAGCAUCUCCUCUUGCCCGAUCUCCUUAAUUUCUUAUUAGCGCCACCGGUUUGACUCAAUUGCAUGCGCGCAUUCUUCUCGAUGAAGUUCUCUGCUUUCUGAAACAUGCAUAUUUUCG